CCUUUUAUAGUCAAGAAUAUUACAUCAAUGAAUAAGUCGAUUAACAUGGAAUAUACAUCAAACCUACAGCCGGGAAAACCCUUAUUUUCUUGUGAGCAAUGGGUUGCCUUGAGGACUGGUAGUUAUUACAAAGGAGAAUGGAAUGAGAAAACUAUGCAUGGAUUAGGAAAAUAUCAUAUGCCCGAAGGGGCCAUUUAUGUAGGAAAAUUCGAAAACGGUUUCUUUCACGGACCUGGAACAAUAUACUACCCGAUAGGAUCUAAAAUCAAAGGAAUCUGGAAUAAAGGUCAAUGUCAAACACGUACUUAUAUAUUUCAAGACGGUCUUAAGUUUAAAUUAAAUGAUUGGAAGUACUGUAAAAUGACAGAUAGGAGGUACGUUUUAGAGCAUAAACAUGGUUUGCAGCCAGCUGCACGUAGCCGAAUCUCUAACCGUGAAAUUGUGAUUGAGACUCCUAAAGGUUUUUACGACGCUGGUGAUGGAUUUUAUGAUCCUCGUACGAAUACCGUUCAUGAUUACGAAACCAACGAAAUGAUCAGGGUGCCUUCCGAUGCUGGAGCUAAGUGGAUAAUGGAAAACUGUUCUAAAGGUGGUGAGGUACAAAUACCUUUUCGUCCAUAUUUCAAUGAAAAUCGUUUGAGCAAUACCGUAAUAAAUAUUAACGACACAACAGCUAAAACAAUGUUUGUUGAUUCAGUUAUAGAUGAAUUUGAACAAACACAAAGUGAAGGUAGUUUAGUCACUGACACUGUAUCGGGCGUUUUGUCAGAUUGUAUUAUCAACAAUCAAAGUUUGUUCGAUACAAAUGGCAGUUCAGACGACUGUGGUUUAUUUUCGAAAAUGAACAUAUCAACAGAUGCACAUCAACAACUGAAAUAUUGCCCGAAAAUUAUGAACUUAAAAAAAGCCAAAAACGAUCCAAGUCAUUUACAGUUUGAAAACAUUAGUCAUAGUGACAAUAGAAAUUGUCAACAGAAAAACCAGAAUAAUGAAGACGAACCUGGGUUUUGGUAAUUAAGUUAUUCAUUGGGCAUUCCAUAGUAAAUUUUCUGUGUAAACUUUAAUAAAAUUUAUCUUACUUCAAUAAAAGAUAUUCUACGGGUUACCAAUUUAUAAAAUUUUUUAUUUUCAAUACACCGGCAAGAAACCGUUGAGUUAUUUCAAUGUUGAUAGUAUUUAAUCAUAAAAACCGGUUUACUACAAAACAACAUUUCCUAUAAAUAACAUUAAUGUACCUAUAUUAAUUAUAUUAACAGCAAUUGAACCAUCAGUUAACUGCGAAACACAGACAUGUAUUCUAAUACAGCAGUUUUGUUUAUUAGUAAGUAUCUAUACUCUGUUUUAAAUAUUUACUUUUAUAAAUGUACAAUUUACUAUGUAAUUUUUAUU